AUGGUCUUCUACCCGCCUUCCUCUGUCAAGCUUCCCUUUGAUCCCCCAGACUCUGUUACCGUCCCUGAGUUUAUCUUCAGAGAAGAUGGUGUCCGCAAACCUCACUCCCGCUCCAGGAAUCCCUUCACGUGCGGUAUCUCUGGCAAGACAUACACCACCGCAGAGGUCAUUGAGCGCCAGAAGCUUCUCGCGCGCGCUCUCGCCAAGCGUCUAGGAUAUGACAUCCGCGAGGGCACCGAGUGGGACAGAGUCGUGGCGCUGUACUCUGUCAACACGAUCGACUACAUCACCAUGACCCAUGCUGUCCAUCGUCUCAAUGGUAUCGUCACACCUGCCAGCGCCGCUUAUUCCGCGCCUGAACUCGAGCAUCAACUUCGUUCAUCUGGCGCCAACGCACUGUUUACCUGCGUUCCCCUUCUCGAGGUCGCUCUUCAAGCAGCGAAAGGCGCCGGUAUCCCUGAAGAUCGCAUCUUUCUCCUCCCCGUUCCUGGGGCCGAGAGUAAGCAGCCAUUCAAGACAAUCGACGAUUUGGUGGCAGAGGGCAAGGAUGCGCCUGAGCUGAAGCCCUUGGAUUGGAUCAAGGGCCAGGGUGAGAGGCAAGUGGCGUAUCUGUGCUACUCUAGUGGAACAUCUGGUCUUCCUAAAGCGGUUCAAAUCACUCACCGCAAUGUCAUUGCAAAUGUCAUCCAAGCGACGGUCCAGAACGAACAAGGCCGCAAAUCCGCUGGCGUGGAUGCCCAGAUCCAGCUUGGCCUCUUGCCAUUGAGCCACAUCUACGGCUUGGUCCCAGUCGCUCACUACGGUAUCUACAAUGGUGAUGAGACAAUCAUCCUUCCCAAGUUCGACCUCAAACUACUCCUUUCUGCUAUUCAGCGUUUCAAGAUCCAGCAAAUGGCCCUUGUCCCACCCAUCUUUAUCCAGAUGAUGAGCAAUUACGCCGAGUGCCAAAAGUUCGACCUCAGCUCUGUUCGUUUCAUUUUCAGUGGCGCCGCACCGCUUGGAAAGGAAACAACGAUCGAUUUGAACAAACACUGGCCCAGCUGGAAGAUCUGUCAAGGCUACGGUCUCACUGAAACCUCUCCUGUCGUGACUUCAACAAGCGAACUCGACAUUGAUCCCGGCUCUUCUGGAACUCUCCUUCCAGGUCUGAAAGCAAAGGUCAUUGACUCAGAAGGCAAAGAAGUUACCGAGUACAACAAGCCUGGAGAACUCUAUGUUCAAGGUCCCACCAUCGUCCUCGGUUAUCUCAACAACGCCAAGGCUACAGCAGAGACGUUUGUGCACCAUGAUGACGGCCGCUGGAUGAGAACAGGUGACGAGGUUAUCGUGCGGAAAUCACCAAAGGGAACAGAGCAUUUCGUCGUUGUUGAUCGUAUCAAGGAGCUCAUCAAGGUCAAGGGCCACCAAGUCGCUCCCGCAGAGCUCGAAGCCCAUCUGCUCACUCAUCCCCUUGUGGACGACUGCGCCGUUAUCCAAGUCCCUGAUCUCCGCGCUGGCGAAGUCCCCAAGGCUUUCGUUGUCAAGGCGCCCCAGGCCAAGGGCAAGUCGGACGAUGAGAUAACGCAGAGCAUCAACAAGCAUGUCGAAGAGCACAAGGCUCGGCACAAGUGGCUGAAGGGCGGUAUUGAAUUCAUCGACGUAAUUCCCAAGAGCCCCAGCGGUAAGAUCCUGAGGCGCUUGCUGCGAGACCGUGAGAAGCAGGCUAGGAAGGAGAAGGGUGCCAAGCUGUAG